AUGGACUGCCUUUUUCUUCUGAUCUGGACUUUACCCAUCCCGCUGGUCGGCUGCAGCUCAGUCCGGCUCCUGCCCACCCUGUUGUCCUGGAACAUCAUCAAGACGCUGCACAUUUACUGCUCACACAGCGCCGCGGCCGGCUACUCCUCCAGCGACAGACACGGAUUAAAUCACGACUACGUGUUUGUGACCCCCGUGGAGGUGGACUCCGAGGGCGGAUACCUGACCCACGAUGUGACCCGGCGAAGCCCCCGCAGCAGGAGGUCCCUCUCUCCCUCGCUGCACUACCGGCUCUCGGCCUUCGGGCAGGACCUGCACCUGGACCUGCAUCCGUCCCCUGUGGUGGGCCCGGGCUUCACCGUGCAGACGCUCGGCUCGGACGGCAUCGCCGCGCCGUUGCGUGACGUCGGGUCCCACGACUGCCUGUAUCAGGGAGUUGUCCGGAACCUGUCGAGCUCCUCUGCCGCCAUCUCCACUUGCGCCGGAUUGUCAGGUUUAAUCCGCGUGUCUCAGGAAGAGUAUUUAAUUGCCCCGCUGCCCCAACAUCUGGCUGAACAACACAGCUACAGCGCCCCCGAUGGUCACCACCCGCAUGUCGUCUACAAACGCUCAGCGGAACACAUUGUGCACAGAAGAUCCAGCGGCUCAUCGAGCACCGAUUCUUCAACGCCCGACAACCCGUACCUUCACCAUCAGCAUCACCAGCACAAUCAUCACCAUGACUACCAGCAUGGAACGCUGCAGAGGCAACACUUCUGCGGACGCCGCGAGCAAUACGCUCCCAAGCCUCCCGCUGAGGACAGUUUCCUCAUGCCUGACGAGUUUGCGCUACCUGAGGCGGAAGGACCAGGAAGGGCUAAGAGAUCGCCCAUUAACUCCAACAGGGUGGGGGGCCUGAAUGUGGAGACCCUGGUGGUGGCAGACAGGAAGAUGCUGGAGAAACACGGCAGGGACAACGUCACCACCUACGUCCUCACCGUCAUGAACAUGGUCUCCAGCCUUUUCAAAGAUGGCACCAUUGGGACGGACAUCAACAUUGUGGUGGUCAGCUUGUUGCUACUGGAACAGGACCCACUGGGCUUGACCAUCAAUCACCAUGCUGACCAGUCCCUCAACAGUUUCUGUCAGUGGCAGUCAGGUCUGGUGGGGAAAGGUGGUAAACGGCACGACCACGCUGUUCUCCUCACUGGAUUGGACAUCUGUUCCUGGAAGAAUGAGCCCUGUGACACCCUGGGUUUCGCCCCCAUCAGUGGAAUGUGCAGCAAGUACAGGAGUUGUACCAUCAAUGAGGAUACAGGACUGGGCUUGGCCUUCACCAUCGCUCACGAGUCUGGACACAAUUUCGGGAUGAUCCAUGAUGGCGAGGGGAACCCUUGUCGCAAGACAGAAGGCAACAUUAUGUCUCCAACUCUGGCUGGAAACAACGGGGUCUUCUUCUGGUCCACUUGCAGUCGGCAGUACCUCAGCCGCUUCCUUGGAACAGCCCAGGCAUCCUGUCUGGUGGACGAGCCCAAGCAGAUCGGUCAGUACAAGUACCCCGAGCAGCUCCCCGGGCAGCUCUACGACGCAGACACGCAGUGCAAGUGGCAGUUUGGUUCCAAGGCCAAACUGUGCAGCCUUGAUUUUGUGAAGGACAUCUGCAAGUCGCUGUGGUGUCAUCGCACAGGGCACCGGUGCGAGACCAAGUUCAUGCCUGCUGCAGAAGGCACCAGCUGUGGACCUGACAUGUGGUGCCGGAGGGGUCAGUGUGUGAAAUACGGGGAGCACGGCCCCAGGGCGGUCCACGGCCAGUGGUCGGCCUGGUCUCGGUGGUCUGACUGCUCCAGAACCUGUGGAGGGGGGGUCAUGUACAGGGAGCGCUCCUGCACAAGCCCAAGGCCACAGAACAAUGGUAAAUUUUGCUCCGGCUCCAGCCGUCUCAACCAGCUGUGUAACACUCGGCCGUGCCCUCCUAACUCUGUGGACUUUCGGGCCCAGCAGUGCGCCGAGUACAACAGCAAGCCCUUCAGGGGCUGGUACUACAAGUGGAAGCCCUACACCAAAGUGGACGAUGAAGACAUCUGUAAGCUGUACUGCAUCGCAGAAGACUACGACUUUUUCUUCGCCAUGUCCGGCAAGGUAAAAGACGGCACCUCCUGCUCGGAGCACAAAGGAGACGUCUGCAUCGAUGGAGUGUGUGAGGCCGUCGGCUGUGACCAGAUCCUGGGCUCUAAGGCCUCUCUGGAUGCCUGCGGAGCCUGUAAGGGGGACAACUCCACUUGCAAGUUCUUCAAGGGCCAAUACACCCUUCAGCACAGGGCUAACGAGUACUACUCCAUGGUUGCAGUCCCGGCUGGAGCACGAAGCAUUCGUGUUCAGGAGAUGGAGGUCUCCACCAGCUACCUGGCCGCCCGGUCCCUGAAGAAGAAGUACUACCUGACCGGGGACUGGACUGUGGACUGGCCGGGGAAGUUCCACUUUGGCGGGGCCGUGUUCGACUACCAGCGCUCUUUCAACAAGCCGGAGAGCCUUUAUGCUGCCGGUCCUACUAAUGAGACGCUGGUGUUUGAAAUCCUUCUGCAGGGGAAGAACCCGGGUGUCGUGUGGGAGUACACCCUGCCUCGCACUGAGAGGAAACCCGACUACAGCUGGGGCGUGGCGCGCUCCGACUGCUCCGCUCCGUGUGCCGGAGGUCGUAUCUCGACCAAGGCUAUGUGUCUGCAGGACCAGAAGGUCCAGGUGAACUCCACCAUGUGUAAUCCCCACACCAGACCGACACUGGGCUCCCACCUCUGCAACACGCAGCCCUGCCCAGCCUACUGGGCGGCAGGAGACUGGGGCCCCUGCAGCCGCUCGUGUGGAGGAGGUCAGCAGACCAGGACCCUGCGCUGCCUGAGGAAGGUGACCUAUCAGAGGGAAGAGGCGGCGGUGCACUCCCUCUGCCCCGUAGUCUCUCCGGCCCAGGUCCAGCCCUGCCACACCCAGGCCUGCCCGCCCGACUGGAGCACCGGAUCCUGGUCCCAGUGCUCCAAGACCUGCGGCCGCGGGCUGAGGAAGCGGAGCGUGUUCUGCCGCAGCAGCGAUCCGGGGGCCAAGGCGGUGGUGGUGCCCGACAGCAUGUGCAGACAGCACCACAGGCCCAAAGCCCAGGAGACCUGCGUCCUGCGGCGCUGCCCAAAGAACGAGAGGCUGCAGUGGAUCCCCAGUGCCUGGGGAGAGUGCUCCAAGUCUUGUGGCUCAGGCAUCCAGAAGAGAGAGCUUCGCUGCGGGGAGAGAGACUCACAGGGAGGGUAUGUUGAGUUCCCCAUACGGAGGUGCAGGAACAUGGCGAAACCCUUGUUGGAUCUCCAGCAGGGCUGCAACAGAGGUCCGUGCCCAGAGCUCCCUCGAGCUGUCCCGGGCAGAACCAGCUCCAGUGCUGGGUCCUUAGGCUGGUACUCCUCUCCCUGGCAACAGUGCUCUGUGUCCUGUGGCGGAGGAGUCCAGACCCGGUCCAUCCAGUGUCUCCGGCAAGGUCGCCCCGCAGCCGGCUGCCUGUCCCACCAGAGGCCUGUCACUUCCAGGGCGUGCAACACACACUUCUGCCCCGCUGCUCCGCUGGCUCCGGCACAACGCCCUGGCCGGGUCACAGCUGCUGGACCAACACUCAACGAUGAACACUGUGUGGACCAUUUCAGCUGGUGUCACCUGGUUCCCCAGCACGGCGUUUGUAACCACAAGUUCUAUGGACAGCAGUGCUGCAGGUCCUGCUCCAGCAAGAGGCAGUAG